AUGGAGAACUCCAAGGAGUUUGCUGACAAGCUGUUCGGGAUAUGUCGAGGCAGAGGAACAUUGAGCCGGAUGAAGGCAUUAACAAGGAUCGGCUCAGAGAGGUGGAACAUGAACAUUGAUGGGAUGCUCACAGAAGAUGAGGUCAAGAAGGUGGCUACGCAAAUGAUCACAGAGAAGACUACUGCUGGGCCUUUUGAUCGACCAUGCCAUUCAAAAAGCUCUUUAGUGCAGUUUGCAAAAACAAAAAUCAGAGGAUUGGUCGUUUUUCUUGCGAGGUAUUCUGAAGAAUUUAAAUCAGCGGCAAUGAGUGGCGAUCAUGAAGCAGGAAAAGUUCUUGCGAGGUAUUCUGAAUAUUCUGCAGGUGCUGUCGCAGGUGUUGAGGAGGCCGAAGCAAAAGCAGCCCUCAUUGGGUUGCAUGCUCUCAAGGAUCUACAGGGCCCCGUGAUUUUGGAAUUUGACUGCCAAAUUCGGAUUAAGGAACUGAUGACAGGGAAGCAGUCCCUCUCCCCCUGCUAUGGACUGCUAAGAGACAUCAAGCAAGCACUAACAAACUUUUCGGAUCAUAGUAUCAGUAGCGUGGGGAGAUUGUGCAAUGCCCUUGCUGAUGAGCUUGCAGCGUUGGCCAAGAAUUCAGAACACCAGGAGAGGAUUGCGGACGUACCGGACUGCCUCCGCCCGCUUAUGAUCUCUGAAUUUAUGGUUUCAGCAGAGCAGCUUUACUACUCUGAAUCUCAAAAAGAAAAAGGUUGUGCCUCUCCCUCGGAUAAUCAUGGCAAUUUCAAGGGGUAA